CGACAACCAAAACCCUCUCCAUCCUCCGCCGUUGCUCCAGCCAGCGACGCGGCGGAGCAGCGCCUCCCUCUCACUUACUUCGACAUGCUCUGGCUCUACUUCCACCCCAUCGAGCGCCUCCUCUUCUACAAACACCCUUGCUCCGCCGCCGAUUUCACGGAAACCAUCUCCCCGCACCUCGAGAGCUCUCUUUCCCAAACGCUCCGCCACUACCUCCCUCUCGCCGGUAACUUACUCUACCCUCUCGAUUCCGGUAUGCCGGAGCUACGCUACUUCUCCGGCGAUUCAGUCGCUGUCACUUUCGCCGAAUCGAACAGAGAUCCUGCUGAUUUCGAUUAUCUCACCGGAAAUCAGCCGCGGGAAGCCGAUGAUUUCCACCUCUUCGUGCCUAAGCUGCCGGAAUCCACAACUGAUUCCGAAUCCGGAUGUAGAAAAUCUCCUCUACUAGCUAUCCAGGUCACGCAUUUUCCGGAGAUUGGGAUAGCUAUCGGCGUUACUAACCACCACGUCGCCGGAGAUGCGAGCUCCAUCGUCGGAUUCCUCAAAGGGUGGAGCUCAACAGCGAAACUCGGCGGAGAAGCCGAAUUCGCUCCUCCGUUUUACGACCGAUCGGUGCUGAAAGAUCCGACGGGGAGAACGGAGCUAUAUUGGAACCAAAUGCGCUCAUUAAAGUUCGGCGAUCAGCACUCAUCUUUCACAAUCACCCCUACCAAUAAAGUCAGAGCAACGUUCAUUUUGCAGAAAACCGAUAUCGAGAAGCUGAAGAAGCUGGUGCUGGAGGGGGAACCGGAUUCCAAUUCCAUCCACAUCUCGUCGUUCACCGUGGCGACAGCCUAUUUCUGGUGGUGCACCGACCGAUCCGCGGCGGAGGCAGGGGAUCAGAUCGGCGACGAAGUUGCCGAAUACUUCGGGUUCGCGGCGGAUGCACGGAGCAGGACGGAUCCGCCGCUGCCGGCGACGUAUUUCGGUGACUGCGUGGGAUUCGUGUUGGCGGAGUCGAGGCACGGGAGCGUUUCAGGGGUGAUAAAAGGGGAGGAGGGGUUCCUGGCGGCGGCGAAGGUGGUUAGGGAUAAGGUGAAUAGGAAGGGGGAACUGCUGAGCGAUGCGGACGAGUGGCUGGUGAAAUUCGGGCCGCUGUUGGGGAGUCGCGCGUUCGGGGUGGCGGGAUCGCCCAAGUUCGACGUGUACGGCGUGGAUUUCGGGUUGGGGAAGGCGGCGAAGUUUGAGUCGGUGUCGAUUGAUGGCGAUCCCAAUGCGUCCAUAUCGCUGUGCAAAUCUAGGGAUUUUGAGGGUUUCGAUGUGGAAGAGAGCCGUUGA